AUGGCCGCAGUCGCAGCUGCAGAGGGGCGGCUGUCGUGGCACAAGCCAACGCGGGCACCCGCGUGCCCCCUUUGGUUGACUCCGCUGCGCCUGUUCGCCCGCCGCGGAGAAACGGCGGUGUCUCCGGCGCGACUCAGCACCCUCCGCGGCGCUGCGUUCUGUUGCGUUACUUCGACUGACGGUCCUCCAGCGGCGCCGCCGCCCAUCCCCGCUGCGGCACGGGCGCCUGACGCCUGGGUUUGCCUCCUCUGCGGAGCUGCAUUUUAUGCCGGAUGGGCGGGUGCGUUUCGUUGCGGGAAGUGUCGCAGCUGGCCGGAGGAACGCGACGCUGGCGGUGCUGCAAGCCGCGCCCUUCAGCGGGGAGCGCAGGUGGCACUUGGAGGGAGCGGGCCCCGCACAGCUCGCGUUGGGAGGCGCCACGUUGAACGGUACGUCUACAAAUUCCACCACUAUUGGGGGCGAUUGGCGAUGCGGACCUGCCGCGUAGUUUCCGGGCGUGAAACAAGGCCCGUGCGCUGCAACUGUGCGCCGCGGCGGCCCCAGGCGAGGAGCGGUCCUCGGGGCUUGCGGCCCUCUGCGGCGGCGCCGUGCCUUCUUGUCCUUGUCGUCUUCUUCCUCCCUCUGCUGCUCCUGUUCGCCCCGCACCGCGCAGCCGCCCAAGCCGCAAUUCCUGGCGCCCCAGUGAAGUUGCUGGUGCUGAGGCAAACUGAUCUUGGCAUAUUCACCAAGCUCGCUACCCCGUUUUACGCCGGCGUGUAUGCCUCGCUGAGGGCGCACAACUCCACGGCCGCGGACGACAUUCGGGUUGAAAUUGUCGAAAGGGAGACGAAAUCGCACAAUACUGUCACCGUCCUGGAGGACGCGAUGGAGAAAGACAAGGACAUCCUCACUCUUUUGGCACAGUUUGGCUACGCUUCCGUGAUGAAGGUGCUUCCGGUCUUGCCUCGCUAUGGCCUCGUCUCUUUUGCCCCAAUAACCGGGUCGAGCGUGGUGCGUGGGUGGAGCCCCAACGUGUACUUUGUGCGCGCCAG